GACUCCACCUAAGCGCGGACUAGUAGCAGUGGAGUAUCCCGCGGUGAACUCAUAUUUAGCCUUAUUUUGGGAGAGUGAGUUGAACUCUCUAGCGGCACAUCAUUCCAGUGUAAUUAGCGGCACUGUGCCGUUCUUAGCUUGGAAGUAAAGAAUGUAUCCGAGAACGUAGAGUGAAGAAGAGAGAAUUUCCUGUGAUCUCAGAUCAUGGCUUAAAGCCUGGUUACAUUGAAAGGCGACUUGUGUUUUAGGAGGGCGUGUGACUCGUUUGUUGUUGGAAACUGAGUACUUCGUCCCCCUUGGACACCGCAGAUAGGUGUAAAAAAUCGAAGCUUCAGUAGCUAUGGCAGGAGGCGAUUUGAAGAAGGGCUUUAAGUAUGAUGUUUUGACGUUUCUGGCAAUAGUAGUGUGGAUGGGAGGACUCCAUCUCAACGUCCUGGUUGUUGGCAUCUGUUUAGCAAACCUGCGCAGUCAUUGGGCACUCACAUUGUUGGCAUUCUGGAUUGCACUUAUCUUCAUUCCUGUUCGACCUAACGGUGGACUAGGACAGGCUGUAGCGAGAUAUAUAUGUAAAUACGCACCGGCAUAUUUUCCCAUAAAGGUGGUUUUCGACGACGAGAAUGCAUUCGAUUCGAAAAAAUCUUAUGUGUUUGCAGCAGAGCCGCAUUCUUUGCUACCAAUUGGUAUCAUAGCGUUGCAGCCACUAUCUGGGAACCUUCCAGUCCCCAAUUUGCGUGCACUUGCUACCUCAGCGGUUUUUUGGACACCAGUUGUGCGGCAUGUUUGGUCGUGGUUAGGUGUGUCUCGCGUCACAAGGAAGUUCAUGACAGAGUUUCUCCAAAAAGGGACGAGUGUCAUAAUUAUACCAGGGGGUGUUCAAGAGUGCCUGUAUAUGGAACGUGGGCGUGAGGUGGUAUACCUAAAAAAGAGGUACGGAUUCGUCAAGGUAGCCUUAGAGACUGGCUCACUCAUUGUGCCUACCUUCUGCUUUGGUCAGACAAACUGCUACAAAUGGUGGAAACCUACAGGACAAUGGUAUAGCCGACUGUCCCGAAGAAUUGGAUUCACGCCUCUCGUUUUUUGGGGUAGAUACGGAACACCAAUUCCAUUUCGAACACCUAUGACCUAUGUGAUCGGAAAGCCAAUUGAAGUUGUGAGGAAUCCAAAUGCAUCUCAUGAAGAGGUGGCUAAGGUCCUCGAACAGUAUAUUGAAGCCGUUGAAAGAUUGUAUGAAAACCACAAAGCUGCAUUGGGGUUCAAAGAUAGCCCAUUAUUUGUGUAUUGAUCGUUUUAUUGUCCCAUUUAGUCGCAUAUACUUUCUCUCUCUGUUUCUCAAGCACAAGGCAUUCAUCCUUAACAUUUACAAGUAAGGGCGGUGUAAUUAUGUAGCAAUUAUUCUAAAACAAUGGGGCCAAUUCUGAUUCUUAAA